UAGGUCACUGUCACUGACAGUGAAUUAGUGAAUUAGUGUGUCACCUCAGCCUUCCCUCCCUCCGCUCUCUCCUUGUCGUGCAGCUCAUAGGGGAGACCUUGAGGCCGGUGUGGGGGCCAAUGGAUAAGUGCUACCCUGUGACCACUCAGAGACGCAGAGUCAAGAUCGGGAAGAAGCAAGCCAAGGCCAUGGCCCCCAAGGCAACGGGAGGACUGAGCGGUGCUGCCCCCAAGGAGGAGACUGAGCUCCGGUCUCAGCAGGAGGGGGAGGUGAGGCCCCCAGGGGCGGAAGCCGCCGGCCCCGCUGUGAAGGAGGUGGCUGAGGAAGAGGCAGCAGGGACCCCAGGCUGGGAGGAGAACACGAAGGUCCAAAAGGAGGUGGCGGUACACCCUUCCGAGGCCUCUGCGGUGGGGAGCAAGGACGAGAGGCCUGGGGGCUGGGUCCCCCGGCUCCUGAGGAAGCUCUGGCUGCACUGGGUCCCAGCCGCUGACAUGCCAAAGACGCAGAACCACGAAUGACCGAAGAGCCAAUAAACCCAGAGACUUGCU